AUGGCUACCGCCCAAGGACAGGAUAUCAUUUGUUGUCAGUUAUGUUCCGAUCCAGUAAAGCAUUACUGUAAUCUUUGUAGGGUGAACUUGUGCUCCUCAUGCAUACCAAAACAUAUGGCUGACGAAUCGAGGAAACAUGAAAUUGUUGGAUACUCUUAUAGAAAAAGAACCUCAUUUGUUCUUCCAACAUGCCCUUUACAUGAGAAGAAAGACUGCGAAGCGUACUGUCAGCACUGUAAAACUUCAAUAUGUGUAACGUGCCUAAUAGAUUCCAACAAAGACCACAAAGACCACUCAGUAAUCAAAAUGAAUGAUAUUCUUCAAGAGAAGGAACAGAAAAUUAGAGCUGACAUAAAACACAUGGAAAAUAGUAUGAUUUCAAAGUACAAUAUUGCCACCUUAUCUACAAUCACUGGAAAAUUUGACGAAGUCUUAUCUAUCAUAGAAAAUAGAAAGGAUGAGAUCUGUAAAGCCGUUUAUUCAACAAGCAAUAAUCUGAAAGACCUGGUAUCAAAACAAAAAGAAGAAGCAGUGAAGAAAUAUGAGGAAAGCCAGGAUAAGAGAAAUAAUGCUCAGAAGGAAUUUAAAGAAAUCAUUCAGAAUACCAAGGACAUCCUUAGCAGCAAAGAUGCCACAGCCAUUAUAGAUUAUCAACCAACAAGUAAUCUAGAUUUUCAAAGCCCAGAACUACCAAAAUUUCCCUGUUUAGAUUUACGUCCUGAAUUGCUUAAACAAGACGAAAUUGAGCAUAUGUUUGGUUAUCAAACACAUAUGCAAAAAAUGAUCGAAAUAACCACCAGACGUCCUCCAAAGGCGAGAGGAAUUCCUCGGGGCUAUUUUAAAGUUUACAAAACAAAAGAGUGA